GAUCGCCUCCACACCCCCCCCUCCCCUUCCCUCCCACGCCGUUGGUACAUGUCGUCUACUCAGGAGGAGGAUGUUGAAGUUCCGUGUGGACAGGAGAGUCAGUCAACAUGACGACAGUGGACUAGCUGGACACACAACAAGACAGAUCCAGCUGGACGAGCCAACGCCAAUACACACCUGUCUACACCACUGUGAUCUGGAGAUGAACGGGAAGGUGAACACGACCGCCGACAAGAUCAACCACAAAAGUACCAACAUGGUGUCGGACCUGUCGCCAGAAGGCCAGCCUUACACCAGGAUUUCUCGGACUCCCAGAAAAGCAGCAACGUUUGGUAAACGUUCCAACUCCAUGCGCAGGAAUCCCAAAGCAGAGGUGACGAAACAGGGAUGGCUGUACAAACAGGCCAGCAGUGGAGUAAAACAAUGGAACAAGAGAUGGUUCGUCCUCAGCGACAGAUGUCUGUUCUACUACAAAGAUGAGAAGGAGGACGCGGUGUUGGGAAGUUUACCUCUGCUCAGCUUCAGGGUCGGAUCAGUGGAGCCCACGGACAACGUCACCCGCAAGUUUGCGUUUAAGGUCUGGUGGGCAGAGGACCAGGACCAGGACCACCUGGGUGGUGACGGGGAGCUGAAGGCUGCUGUUGUGUUUUGCCUGCAGGCGGAACACGCCGGAACCAGGACCUACUACUUCAGCACCGACAGCCAUGAGGAGCAGGACCAGUGGAUCCGAGCCAUGAGUGACGCCGCCCAGGUCAUCGUCAACACAGAACAAAGACUGAGUUCAGAAACCAACGGCGCCACAUCGGAUCUGAACCAGGCCAUGGUUACCACGGCACCGGACCCACCAACACAAACACACCCUGACGUUGGUGGUGACCUGCCCGCCCCACCCAAGUUCAAUGGGGUGGACACGCCCACGCCCUCCAUGCCACGCUCCGCCCAAGACGACAUGAAUAAGAGCGGGAGGCGAGGAGAUGGUGGAGGUGAAGGUGGGGGCGAAGACGAAGGGGGGGGGCCCAGUUCUGGAAGCACAGUUCACUCAAAUCACCACCCCAACGGCUGGGACCACUACGGCCCCGCCCACACCAUACCCCGAAAUGGUAAAGUCCCUCUAUCCAGGACUCAGAGCGGACGUUACACCCCUCAGGGGCAUCCGGAGGGAGGGGUCGGCCCCCCGUCCGACCCCAGGGAGCAGCUGGAGAAUGUGGUUCUGAGGAGGGGCUUCGUACCCAGGACGGCCCCUGAGAGGGUGGCCCAGAGGAAGAGCUCCAUGGCCCAGCUGCAGCAGUGGGUCAACCAGCGCCGGGGGAUGGCGUCCCAGGAAGACCUGAACAGCCCAUCUCGCUACUACUCGGUGAACAGGGGGGUCUCUGCUGACUACUACAGUUACCCCGGCGGCCCCCAGUACGUGGAUGAGUACCCUCUGUACCCCCCGGGGGUCCGACCCGACAGCAUAUGCUCCGUUUCUGCUGUGGGAGGAUACGACCGCCGCUGGACCGUCGAAGAGAAGCGCCGCUCACUGAGGGACGGCCCCCCCCAUCUGUUCGGACCCCCCAUGCCCAGGGAUUCGUGGGGGCCCCAGUACUACGGGGGGAUGGAGACAUCCAUGAGGCGUCUGUCCAUCCAGCCUCGCUCCAGGUCCGUCCCCAGGUCGCCGUCUUCGUCGUCCGGGGGCCCCUACUCACCACUACCCCCCAACUACGUAUCGCCAGCACGGUCGCCGUCGGCGCGCUUCGACCGUUAUGGCGCCAGGAUCCGGGACGACGUGAUCUACGCCGACCCGUCUGUCUACGGCCUGAGACGGUCUCUCAGCUCCCCAAAGUAUGACUACCCUGGCGAUAGGAGGUCCCUAAGCCAAGGACUGUACCACUACAACUACCCCGUCUCCCCCUCCAUCCACAGUAAAAUGGAGGACAUUUUAGAUCUUCAACUCCAGCGCAAUCUGGACUACCUAGACCAGCAGGUGUUCAAGGGAAGUCACCUGAUCGGCACCGUGACCCGAAUGAUGGAGCGCUCCUCCUCAGCAGCCAAACUCUGUGUCCAAGUGCCUCCGUUCCAUGACGUCUACAGCAGAGAGUUACACCCGACGCUGAAGCUCAACGAGAUUGAAACCAGCAAACUCCUGGGUCGUCUCUGUGAGCAGAACCGAAUCCUGAAGGACCAUGAGGCUGUCGUUCACAGGCUGAGAAUGGACAAGGACAGCCUAGAGGAGGCGCUGGUGGCCACACAUCAGGAGAUGGAGCUGUACCUUAACCAGCCUCUGGCCAUGGAAAAGCUGCAGUUCAAGAAGGAGACCCUGCAGAACCAACUCAUCAACAUUAGAGGGGAGCUGUCACAGGCCUCCAGUGCUUUAACCACGACUCGAAUGGAGUUUGAGGCAUUGGAGGAUGAGGCCAACGCCAUCCAUGGAGACCUCUGGGAGCAGCUCAAUGCAGGAGGACAGAGUGAACUGGUUCGAAGGCACAUCCAGAAGGAGUUCUGGAGAGUCCAGGACGUGUUGGAGGGACUCCAUAAAAACAACUCAUCUCGAGGCACCGACACAGCCAAGCACCGAGUGGCCAGUGGCGCUUCAGGCUCUUUUAGCACCAAUAGUCCAGCCAGUCCCCUAAGCUCAGUCAGCCUCACCAGUCCACUCAGCCCCUUCUCCCCAGUGCCCGGCUCCCAGGCCUCCCCUACUAAGCAGGGUCCUGAGGAGAGCGUUCCCCCCAGGCCCCCCCUCCCUAAGUCCUACUAUCCCUUGGAGCCCUCCCCCACCUUCCCUCCCUCCGUGCCCCCCCCUCCCUUUGACAGCACCGCCUGGCUGCGCAGCUUGGCCUUCGGUGACGGUUACAUUGACGGUGAAGAUUCUCUCCUCAGACAGACUGUGAGCGAUGUGCAGGACCAGGUCCAGGACAGACAGUCCGCCAUGAAUAAAGUUGGCAUCGUUCCCCCCAGGACGAAGUCACCCACUGACGAAUCCGGUGGCAGCGUGGCUGGAGUUUCCCGCCAUCGAGCACAGAAUGGGAUAUCUCGGGAGCGUCCAAAGAGCGCUGUGUUUCCUGCCGAGGUGAAGUCGAAGAUGAGCAUCGAGGAGCAAAACGACCGAAUCCGACGCAACCAGAGCAGCUCUGUCAGAGAAAAGAGGCGGAGCCUAAACCUGUCAGGGGGCCAGUCUCCGGCCAACUACAAAGUGGUGCGUCGGCGACUCACAGCUCAUGAGAUUGACAUUAAAGACUUGGAGGCAGCGGUUCGAGGCCAAGGCCUGGAGUCUCCUCGUGAAGAAAUCGCUCGCCUCCGCCGGCUUCAGGUAGAACCAGAACACUACGAUGUGGACAUCAGCAGAGAGCUGAUGGCUCCUGACAAGGUUCUGAUCCCAGAGCGUUACCUGGAUGAGGAGGAUAAGUGUCCUCUGAGUCCAGAAGAACAGAAGGAGAAGCAGAAGAAACUGGAGCGCAUCAAGACCCUCAUCGCCAAAUCAAAUCUACAGAACGUGGUCCCGGUCCUGGAUGGCCCGGUGGAGGGAGGGGCUCCCGUCACCUCCCAGCAGCAGCUGCAAGAGCAGGAGAAGCGGAUCGAGAUCUCCUGCGCCCUCGCAGCCGAGGCGUCGCGGCGUAGUCGUUUACUGUCUGCUCAGUGCGCCCCCAGCCCCCCCACCUCCCCGACCAGCCUGGCCCCUCCCCCUUCCUCUGCUGACUUCCCCAACUCCGCCCACAUCAUGAAGGUGUGAGUCUGACAGCUCAAGCUCUGGCUGCCGUCAAGUUUGACGGAGCAUCUUUUUGAGGAUUUACAAAUUGGGCGUGGCUCCAGACAGAUGACGUUUAUUUCCUAUGGCACUUGAACUGACUGAAGCCUGCAGAGCUGUCAAAGGAGGUUCUGUGGAGGUAAGAGGUCAUUUACAACUGAAGACAAACCUACAACCAUCCUUCCAGAUUCACCAGGCCGGCAGCACCAAGGACCGAUCCCGGGACUGUCCAGUGACACCUGCCCAAUGGCACCAAGGACCGACCAACAUCACCGACCCCGGGACUGUCCAAUGACACCGGCCCAACGGCACCAAGGACCGACCCACAUCUACCAGCUUCAAGUUGUGAAAUUCUAUAAGUUUAGCUCAGGAUAAAUUCUACAAAGUAGACAUUACUGAUGAACUACACAAACAUCGAAAGCCAAUGAACUGAGGUUUGAUGUUGAUCUGAUCACAAGGAACAAACACACAAGGUCAACACAGAAGAAGAGGAAAAGCUGCAGAGAUUCAAUGACCGUCACUGAUGCUGAACUAGUCCAGAUGCUGAUCUAAACUGGCAGACCACCACCUCCUGACGUCCAUGUGAGCCGUGGACGUGGGGCGGCAGCUGCCUUUGUCCACAUUAACGCAUACACUUACACUACAGACAAGAAUGAAGCCUCAACCGUUUGUAAAAGGCAGAGGGUUCUCCUGGUUUCACUGUGAUGCCUCGUCCUCCGUUCCAUUACCUCGUUUCACUUUCACUCAUAUGCAAACAUCACCGGCUCAUAUUCAGAGCAUCAUCACCUGUAGUUGUGGUGGCUCUACUGCUGUGUUCACACCAAAAACCGCUAAGACCAGUCUUCACCUGGUGUAAUGUGAAUAUGACGGAUCAGGUGGUUCUGUAGUGUUUCAGCCAAUAGAACCUGCCCUGGUUCUUAGUGAAGUCCAAAUGUUCCAUCAGAUGAUCAGAACCUGUCGGGUCAGGCUGUGGGACCAGACCUGAUGGGUUUUUGUUCAGUAGAUCAGAGUCCACAUGGCCCAGGUGAUGGUAAAGGUCAGGGACAUUUGUAAAAUGUUCUGAGAUACGGAGUCGUUUGUGUUUUGUCCUGUUUACGUCGCAGUUAGACAUUAGACCACGAUCCCUGUGUUUGGACAAAGAAGUCAGUACGUUCAGAAAGAUGCUGUGAAAUGAAAUUAACCACAGCUGCAAAAUGAGUCUGAUUAAAUCCAGGAUUCGUUCUGGUCUCAUUAGUUUUAUUGGAUCUUAUGUGUGUUCUGAUCCAUCUGAAGAAGAAUCUUUAUUUGUCAGUGGGGUUCACAAUGAAAUGGACCUUCUGCAUUUAACCCAUCACUAGAACACGCAGGGGGUGCCUUGCUUGGGGGCACAUCAGCCAACAGCUCCACCAGUCUGGGGAAUCGAACCGGCAACCCUUUGGUCACAAGCCAACUCUCCAGCCGUCUUGGGCUUUGAUUUACAGAUGUGAUGGAUUGGACUUUUUACUGUUUAUUGAACACAUUUAUUUAGAUGCAUCCACAGUGUAUCACUGUAAGAAGAUCUGUCCAUCCUGCGUUUAUAUCUUAAUAUCUGACAAAAGGUUCGACAGAAUGAUGUAAAAUGGUCCAAACAUUCACUCAGACUCAUAGAUGAACUGAACUGACUUUUUGGGCCAUAGGUUGUUG